CUCAAAAGCAGAGCCACGGAGCAGGAGCGCCCAAAGCCGCCGUCUCACGCUGCGGGUCAAACACAAGCUGGUAUCCCCUGACAAGCUUGGAUACGAGAAGGGUAGGAGGAAUGGCUGCGCAGACCAUACAACGCAGGGUGAUUGGUGGGGGUGGAGAGGGUGGUGGUGGCAUGAGGACGGUGGAGUGCCUGAGAGGGAGGCUGCUUGCAGAGAGGGUGGCAUCCAAGGCUUCCAAGGAGGAAGCCGACCAACUGGCCAAAAGGUUGGACGAGCUGGAGAAGAAGCUCGCCGACGAGGUCAAGGUGAGGAACAAGGCGGAGAGGAGGCUCAGGAAGGCCAUCAAGAAGCUGGAGUCUCUCAGGAUCCUGGACGUCGAGCUCUCCGAUGGCUCCGUUGGGUCGCUGUUUUCCAAUGCCUGCUCCGGUCACCAGGCGCCGGAGAUGGAGGAGAGGAACAAUCCUGGCUCGUUGAGCAGCAUUGAUUCCCUGAGUUCCGGUUCUCCGGAAGCCGGUGACGCAGACGGCGAGAGCGCCGGGAUCUCCUCGGCUGGUUCCUGCACUCAGAUGAACUCCACCCAGGACGGGAGCUGGAGCUCAGUUGUGUCCGAACAAUCGGCGGCCGGUCCUUGCAUGGAUCUUGGGGGCACCAGCAACAACUGUAGUUCAGAGGAGACUGCUGAUGAUCAUGAUUCAGAGAGGCAACACGUUGCUGCAUCCGAUGGUUCAGCAAAAUCCGAACAAGACUCCCGAGACGACGACGGUGACAGGGACAGGCUAGCUCUGGUGCUGGUAGACCCGCAGCUCGUUCUAGGAGCAGACGAUGACUCAGGAAAGGAAGACAGCAAAGCGCAAACCGCAGAGCCCCAGGCCGUGGCCGUGGCUCACGGGGAAGAACAAGAAGAGAACAGGCUCGCGAUCGUUCUAGCCGACCCCCAGCCCGCCGCGGACACUGCGGCGCCGAAGCCGCACGGCGACGUGGAGUCCGUUCUCCUGGCGCUGCGGCGGGUGAAGGAGCAACUGCGCUACACGAUCGAGCGGCGGUCGCAGCUCGUCGCGCACCGGGAGCUCUACGGCCACUGAGGAAAAUCGUGAUUCGCUUCAGUCAGCUUCCAUCAGAGGUUGUGUCGUUCCUUUGGAUGAUGUAUUCAUACUUCAUAGUGUUGCAUAGAUGAGUAUCCUUAGAGAAUUGAAUAAGAUCUGCUCAUGUGGCUGUGUUGUCA